CCAAAAGAAAGUGGACAUUCGUUCUUAAGAUUUUGACAACCAUUGAUGACAAUCUCAGCAUGGUUUAAUAUUUAAAAGAAAGUUUCCGGUAAAGCUACACAUAGCUAGUUCCUGAACUCUCCAGCAAGUUUGGUGUUUCCGAACUGAUCAUGGGUUCUAAGCUGCUGUAUGCUUGCUUGCUGGCGGUCGUCCUGAUCGUUGUAAAUGUUUCUCAAUCAGAAGGAACAUGGUGCCCCAAGCAAGCAGUUCGAUACUCCUCACAGAAAUACUGUACAAAACAUUCCUGGUGGAAUUGGUUCUGUUUAUCAUAUGGAUACCGAAGAAUUAGCCAGAGUUACAUGAAGAGAGAGUGUUGUCCAGGAUACAAAGGAACAGACUGUGCUACACCAAUAUGCCAUACAAGAUGUGGAACAGGGUUUAUUUGUUCAUCUCCCGACAAGUGUUCACCAGAUCCUAAUUAUAAACCACCCACCACCACAACAAAAAAACCUACCCCAAGACCGACAACGAAGGCCCCUACCCCAAGACCGACAACGAAGGCCCCCACUGAGAGACCAACAACGAAGGCCCCCACUGAGAGACCAACAACGAAGGCCCCUAACGAAAGUCCAACAACGAAGGCCCCUACUGAAAAACCAGCAACAAAGGCCCCCACUGAAGGACCAACAACCAUGGCCCCUACAGAAAAACCAAAACCUAACAACCCUACUGCUAAACCUACGCCAGACCAUACUGCUAAACCUACGCCAAACAGUAAAACACAAAAACCGAAUGAAUCAAACUCAAACAAAGGAGGGAAGGGCAACAAUUAGAAAUUUCAACAGUUGAUUGUUGACUACGAUUUCAGCCUGAACAGUUUAUUUGUUUUAAUUUACAGAUACAUUGUGUGUGUGUGUGUGUAUUGACUAAAACUUUUCGUGUUUUUACAUAUAAGGGCUGCCUUAUAAAUCCGUAGAUUAAAAUUAUGGGAUGCUUACUGUCUUUUAGUUCUAGAUGAAAACAAAGGUCUAUCUUUCUACUUACUAAAUUGCACGUGAUUGUUACUAGUUUAUCAAAAUAGAUUGUCUAAAAUUAUGCAUGUUAAAGAAUUCUAUAUAAUAAAGAUUUCUACGUA